ACAUGGAGACGACAUACUCGGCGGAGGAGCUGGCAGCAAUGCCGGACCGCAUCGCGGCCACGUUCAGCAACCGCUCCGUGUUCGUCACCGGCGGCACCGGCUUCAUGGGCAAGGUGCUGGUCGAGAAGCUGCUCAGGAAGUGUCCGGACAUCAAGCAGAUCCUGCUGCUGGUGCGGCAGAAGAAAGGCAAGACCCCGCGCCAGCGCAUGGAGGACACACUUAACGAUCCCCUAUUCGAAAAGGUCCGCACAAUGCGCGGAGGCGUGCAGUCUCUCCUCGACAAGAUGACCCUCAUCUCAGGAGACGCCAGCGAACCAGAUCUCGGCCUCAGCCCUGCUGAUCGUCAGAAGAUCCUUGAAGAGACUGACAUCAUCAUACAUGCUGCCGCUACCAUCAGAUUUGACGAAGAGCUGAAGAAGGCAGUAAUGCUGAACGUGCGCGGAACCAAGCUGAUCGUGCAGCUCGCUAAGGAGUGCAAGCAUCUGCAGCUGAUGAUACACAUUUCGACCGCCUACUGCCAUCUUCACGAAAAGCUUUUAGAAGAAAAACCCUACCCUCCCCCCGCCGACCCCCACCAGGUCAUACAAUCCAUGGAAUGGAUGGAUCAAGCGACAGUAGCCGCUGUGACUCCCACGUUACUGCAAAAGCUGCCCAACUCGUACGCGUUCACGAAGGCUCUAGGUGAAGCGAUCGUCGUCGAGGCUAUGAACGAGAUCCCAGCUGUCGUGUUGCGGCCCUCUAUCGUGAUCCCGAUUUGGCAAGAGCCGAUCCCCGGCUGGACUGACAACAUUAACGGGCCCACUGGAUUGCUCAUUGGGGCCGGUAAAGGCGUCAUCAGAUCCAUGUACUGCAAAAGCAACAGUUAUGCCGACUACUUGCCCGUCGACGUAUUUAUCAACGGCAUCAUGAUUUGCGCCUGGGAAUUCAUCGAAAAUCACGUCCAGAACGUGAACAUAGUCAAUUUCACAUCAUCAGCAGAGAUCAAGGUCACAUGGUCAGAGAUGAUCGACGCGGGUCGAGAGAUCAUCAUGAACCGAGUGCCGCUUAACGGAGUCGCCUGGUACCCUGGUGGUUCGAUGAAGCACUCAAGGCUGUAUCACAACAUCUGCAUGGUGUUGUUCCACUGGCUUCCCGCUAUGUUGGUAGACUGUCUGCUCUUCAUUCUUGGUUACAAGCCGGUACUGUGUCGAGUGCAAAGGCGUAUCAACAAAGGCUUCGAAGUGUUCGAAUACUAUACCAACAACCAGUGGGACUUCCAAUCCGACAUCGCGCAGACGCUGAGGAAGGAUCUCAACCCGCGAGAGAGACAAGACUACAAAGUGGACGCCAUCGGCCUGGACAUCUCCCGUUACUUCGAGGACUGCAUCCUGUCAGCUCGUCGCUACAUCCUGAAGGAGACAGAUGACACCAUACCAGCUGCCAGGAGACACAUGAAAGUCAUGUGGUGCGUGGAUGUCAUGUUCCGCGUGUGCUUCUGGGCGCUGAUGCUGUACUGGCUCAGCGGGUGGUUCACCCCCCUCUUCUCGUCCACCCCCACCCCCACCCCUGAGCCCAUCUCCACCUAACCUCUGCUAGUCCCACUAGCUGAUAAGUUAACUAUGACAACUGAAUUCAGAGAAACUGGGCCCAUAACCUGUUAUAAAAAGUUUUUUCUCGAAGCUUUUUUAGUAUACAAAACAAGCAUAGAAAAAUACGAGAUAACGAGACGUUUGGUCAGAUUUCAAUCUAGAAUUGCAUCUAAUAUCCUCUUAUAUACUUAUAUACAUCUAUAAUCUUUUUCAUUGGGAAACAAUAUUUUCCUGACUCUUUGUUAAAUCAAAUCUGAUCAUGAAACUUUUUACCUAAUGUAAAAUAAUAUAAGUUGUAGAAAUUCUGUAGAAAUAGAAAGAAAUCAUUUAAAAAGCUCCUGAAAAUAGACAUCUAUAGUUACAAUCCUAAAUAUAUUGAAACACGGCUAUGUAAUAAGUAAUAAAUGAGAAUAUCCUGAAUAUCCUAGAUACCAUCAAGCCAUGGUCACCCUACUUCGUGUUAACAAAAUGGCCGUGUCUGUUACCUGUAGUAUUCUGUAAAUAUUAAGUUUUAAGGGUACUUAGUUUAGUUUUUGUCACUGUAUCAAGUCCUUGUUACCUGUACGUAUGUAAUGCUCAAAAUUGAUGUGAUGAUGAUGAUAGUUUUGUGUUCAGUCAGCAUCAAUAGUAUCCGAUGAAACAACGCUCCAAAAGUAUCUGCCACCCUGGAAUGAAAUUGUUUUCCAAAUAGGUAUAUCUCUACAGUUCGCGAUUUAAAGUAUCUGUCACAGUCUAAUUGUUAUAUAAUAGGGUAAUUCGACAGUAACUGGCCACCGGCCAAUAACUGGCCACCCUAAAUUAAAAAUGAAUUCUAUUCACUUAUAAACAGAAUUAAGUAUAAGGUUUCAAUAACUAGCCACCUUAUACUAGAAUUAAUUCGGUUUAUAGGUAAAUAGAACUCAUUUUAGUUUAGGGUAGCCAGUUAUAGUGCGUAGCUUUCAAACAGAGCCCGAUGGCUAAUCCUAUUGUCUAUUGUUAAGUAAAACCGCACGUGCUACUUACCUGCAAAAAAGGGUCUUCAUUAUUCUAUUUGGCACCUGAGCGCGGGCUAGUCCAACGCUCUAAAAAAUCAGUGUAGGUGCGCUCUCCGAUAACGCGCCUUUGUUACGCAUCUCGAAGACACAUUUUAGACUGGUUCUGUAGCGUUCGACUCACCGGCACUUAGUAACCGAUGUACUGGUUUGCCGGCGAGUUGAACGGACCACACACAUCGUAACAUAAUUAGUUCACUUUGAAUCUUAUUGCAAUUUCCAUAGGAGCUGUAAUUCAAUACCCAGGUAAACUGAACGAAUGAUUUUUUAUGCAGAUGCUUGUGGCACGUGGCACGAGCGGUUUUACUUAACAAUAGACAAUAGGAUUAACCAUCGGGCUCUGUUUGAAAGCUACGCACUAUACUAGCGAAUUACCAUACCGCCACUGAUUUAUUUUUGCUAAUCUAUUAGAAAAUUGUAUACCUACCUGUAGUCUGAUCAUUUACUAAUGAUGGCGACUGUUCAAGUAAUGUGUCCAUGAUUUUGUAUAGUUUAAGUAGAAUUUCUUAGAUACAAUAAUAAGCUUUAAUAAAUAUCUUUAGUUAUCAUUUUGUCUGCGACUCCUAUAUUAUUAAUUUUAGUAAAAAUGAACCUUAAGUUUAGGCUUUAGAGUUCAUUGUUAUACAUUCAUUAUUAUUGCUAAUGGGUUAGGGAGCGCGGGCGUAGUGUUUAAUGUAAGAUUUUGUAUUUUUAUAAGUUUUAUAUGAACAAGACUUUUUCAAUGA